AUGGACUUUCAUCUGAAGCAAUGGAGAAACCAGCAUGAGUCAGCGGAACAACAUUCUACAAAGAUGCCAAAACUUCUACCUGCAGAAUCCCAUCAACAGCCAGAGUCAUCUGCAUCUGCAUCUGCUCUUCCUUUGUUUUUACCUGAACCUAACAGCAAAGUCAGCACCCUGUCAGAUUCAACAUUUGCUACUAACGGAUUUCCCAGGAUGGGAAGUUAUUUCAGCUUGGCUCAGUGGCAGGAGCUUGAGUUGCAGGCUUUGAUAUUUAGGUACAUGUUGGCUGGUACUGCUGUUCCUCAUGAGCUUCUUCAACCAAUCAAGAAAAGCCUUCUUCAUUCCCCUUCAUAUUUCCUUCAUCACCCUCUCCAACAUUAUCAGCCUGCUUUGUUGCAAUCAGGGUAUUGGGGAAGAGGAGCCAUGGAUCCGGAGCCAGGCCGUUGUCGGAGGACCGACGGGAAAAAGUGGCGGUGCUCGAGGGACGUGGUGGUUGGGCAGAAGUACUGCGAGCGGCACAUGCAUCGCGGUCGAAACCGUUCAAGAAAGCCUGUGGAACUACCCACACCAACUAGUGCCGCUGGUGGUGGAUCUCUCGCUGCUUCAUCUUCCAUUAUUUCUUCACAGCCUCUGGCUACUGUCUCGCUGAAAUCCCCUUUCGAUCUUCUUCACCUUAAUGAACGUUCCUCUGGGACCAAGAAUGAAGACAAGGUCUUGGUUGAAAACCAAAACCAAAACCAAGACCAUGUGGGUGGGGAUGGCAAAUCAGGGGGUCAAAUGCUGAGGCAUUUCUUUGAUGAUUGGCCACGAUCACUGCAACAGACUGACAACGCUGAAAACAAUGCUGGCGGGAUGAACUCGGCGACAUGUCUAUCUAUUUCAAUGCCCGGAAAUACUUCGUCGGAUGUAUCAUUGAAAUUGUCCACUGGCUACGGAGAGGAUCCGUGCCCAAGAAAUGGGAAUGUGGACCCAGACACAGAACAACUGCAAUUGAAUUGGGCCGGAGGAUGGACUUCGGCUAAUCAAGUGGCCUCAAUGGGAGGACCACUUGCAGAGGCACUGAGAUCAUCUACGUCAACUUCAUCACCCACUAGUGUUUUGCAUCAGUUGCCUCCUAGUUCUGGAUCUGAGACUAGCUUCAUUAGUACCUAGAUUUAG